CACCUCCCUCAGUUCAGUUCUGACACUGGAACUAGACAACGUAUUCAUCACGUCUUCAGAACCACCACAUCCAAUAUUAAGAUGUCAAGGCCCCCGCGUCUGCCCAAGAAUCCCCCACCUGUUGCCCCUAAAAAACACACGAUUGUCAGAGUAGGACAAUCAUUGCCAGGUAUGAUGCGUUCCAUCUCUCUGCCUGAAAGUGAUCAAGGGAGUGGAAGAGGGGAAUAUCUUAAUGUGAUGAGGAAGAAUGGAAUGGACAAAGAAGAGAAGAACCCGACACUUCAGAGCAUCGCUGAAGCUCCAAACCCAAGUGACGUCCAGGUUAUGGAGGAGGAGAAAGUAGAUAAAGAGAGACCCCCGCGUCUGCCCAAGAAUCCCCCACCUGUUGCCCCUGAAAAACACACGAUUGUCAGAGUAGGACAAUCAUUGCCAGGUAUGAUGCGUUCCAUCUCUCUGCCUGAAAGUGAUCAAGGGAGUGGAAGAGGGGAAUAUCUUAAUGUGAUGAGGAAGAAUGGAAUGGACAAAGAAGAGAAGAACCCGACACUUCGGAGCAUCACUGAAGCUCCAAACCCAAGUGACGUCCAGGUUAUGGAGGAGGAGAAAGUAGAUAAAGAGAGAAGGAAGAAUGGAAUGGACAAAGAAGAGAAGAACCCGACACUUCGGAGCAUCACUGAAGCUCCAAACCCAAGUGACGUCCAGGUUACGGAGGAGGAGAAAGUAGAUAAAGAGAGAGUCCUUGUACCUCAGAGGUCUUGGGAUGGAGGUUUGAGGUUGCAUUAUGCUUCUACACCUGCAUUGCCUAAUCGAAUGCUUAAUUGCAAGAGAGAUGUUUCUACUUGGAGGAACUUAAACGAGUGCAAAGAAGACAAAGAGGACAAUGAAGACCUAAUGGAAUGGUGGCGCGCAGUUGAACCAUGGGGAGCACCUCCUAGUGAUCACCUGCACUCACAGGAAACAACAGGAAAAGUGUACACAGAGAAAGCUCAGCGAGUGAAAAAAGCACUUCUCCUUUAUGAUUAUCUCCUUUCUGAUCGUGGAAAUGCUCUUUAUGACCUCAUAACUGAGCUGAUAGAUGUGGCUAAAAAUCUGGACAAAGUCUAUAAAAGGGCGAAGAUAGCAGGCAUCACUGGGGGUACAGCAGGGGCAGCCGGAGUUGCGGCCGCAGUGGGAGGGGUACUACUUGCCCCACUGACGAUGGGCGCUUCAUUAGCAGUGGCUGCAGUUGGAGUCGGUGUAGCGGCUGCUGGAGGGGUCACAGGAGCAUCUGCUGCCAUCACCAAUAAGGUCAACACCAACAUGGACAGAAAGAGGGUGGAGAAAAUCCUCAAUGGCUACACGACCCAGAUGGAAGAUGUUGAGAACUGUGUGCAGUUUAUCAACACAGGCAUGGAGCACCUGAUGAGUCAUAAGUUGCAAGGGGUGGAUGGGGAGGUGGAGAAGGUGGCAGAAGUGGACCCAGUGGUUUGGGUGAAUACUGGAACGAUCAGUGCAAUCAGCAAGUCCUCAGGUGUCAUUCAAGGCUUUGCACUGGGUAUGGACAUGUACUUCACCAAAGACGACACCCAGAAGCUGAAGAAAGGUUCAGAAACUAAAUUUGCCAAGCAAAUUCGUAAGCUGGCUCAUCAGAUGGAAACCACCCUUAAUGAGCUAAUGAAGGUUAAGAAUAAGCUGGCAUCAGCAAAAAAAAAGAACAUCAUAUGA